GGAGAAAUAUUCUACUGAAUAAAGAAUCAUCUCAGACACCAAGAGCAGCAGAGACGUCCAGGGGCCCCAGGAUCAUGUCGGACCCCACAGUCACCGCCUUCCUGACCAAGGUUCUGUGCAAACAUGGGGGGCGGCUGCCCAGUGAUCUGCUGUACAUAUGCGGGGCGCUUCCUCACAAAAAGAUAAAGCAAAUCGUUCAUGAUGACCCCCAAAAGUUCCCUAAAGUUGGGAAGAUGGUCCUGGCCGGGAGCCCCGUGAGGACCUGCAGUAAAUAUCUGAAGAAUGAAGAAGAGGAGGAGUGCGACAAAGUGCACCUGUGCCGUAACUACCUGCGGGGCAAGUGCAAGAGGCCCCGGUGCCCGUUCUCCCAUGAUAUUUUAUCAGAUCAGAACCAGAAGGUCUUGAAGGCCAAUGAGAUCAGUGGACUGAAUGAGGAUGAGAUAAAGAUUCUCCUGCUCCAGAACGACAACCAACUGCUGCCGGGGGUUUGUGUGAAGUAUCUACAGGACUCAUGUGAUCUCGGGGAGGAUUGUUCGUGGCUUCAUGUUUGCGGUUUCUUUACACGAGGAGAAUGUCGUUUUCGUAACUGUAAACGUUCUCACCGCCUCCUGGAGUUCAGUUCUGAUCUCUUACUCACUCGCUGGGGUAUACCUGAGGAGACUAUUAAGAACUUUGAGAUGAUCUAUACGGUGAAAUACCAUGAAUGUGUCCAGGCGGUAUGGGCAGAGAAUAAGAAGGACCAGAAGUGGCAGCCUGGAGCCCAGAGAGGAAGAAAAGGAGGGAAAAGAGGAGGAAAAGGAGGAGGAGGAGGAGGAGGAAGAGAAGGAGAAAGAGGAGGAGAAAGAGAAGGAGAAAGAGGAGGAGAAAGAGAAGAAGGAGGAAAAAAAGGAGGAAAAGGAAAAUCCCGAAACAGAAAGAAGGGGUACCAACAAGAAAGAGAAGGUUGCCACGACGAUGAAGAUGACGAAGAAGACGAUAGCCAUGAAGAUCUGUAUGAGAUGACUAAAAAUUGGUUAAUUUGUCCACCAGACAAGUCUAAAGACCAACUGGAUUUAUUGUUGAAAAAGGCUAAAACAUCGCCAGGCCAUGUGUCAUCACCAACGCCACAACCAACACCAACCGCAGGACUCCGAGCCGGGCAGUCAUCUUCAUCUUCUACCCCAUGUGACCUUCAACCAAAACCCACCUCUGUAAGAGCAGUCAGCCCUCCACCGACAUCUGGGGAAAUCCAACCGGUCCCUCCCCCUAUGGAAGGUCCAUCCCUUGCCGAUUCUGUUACACCGGUCUCCCCCACAGAGGUGAUCCCAUCCACUGCCCCAGUCCACCAACCAAGACCAAGCACAUUGGUAGAUUGUCCUGAGACAAGUCCAUCUGAUACUCCAGUGGCCCCCGCCAUCAAACAGGGUCGGUUUUAUAGGGUGAACCUGAUGGACCCCAGACUUUAUUGAUCCUUCCUUGCAGUGAGUCCUUUUAGUGCUCCGUCACAUUCUCCUACAGAGGGUCCUCCUGCACAGGCCGCUGUAGACUUAGCGGAGACUCGUACGCGAGACCCUCACGGACACUCAGAGUUAUAAGAGAUAUAAUAGUUAUAAUAAAGAUACAUGGAUAAUAAAAGUCAUAAUAAAGAUGGAUGGAUAAUAAAAGUC